AUGGAGAGGGACGAUGACGAUGGCGGUGGUGGUGGUGAAGAAGCAACGACCACGACGACGAUUGCAGUGGUAGUGAAACGAAGACGGCGACGACGACAACGACGGCAAGGAGGAGGUGGAGCUGUUGCAAUAGCAGCAGCAGCUACAGCAGCUACAGCUGGUCGUCAAGAAAUAGCACAUCGAGUGAGGUGUAGUGCACAGACUCGAUCGGCACCGACCACGCCUCCACACGUACAUACACACACAUACAUACAUACACAUACACACAAUCCACCAUCGCCACGACGCCCUCGCGCGUGCCACUGCACCUCUCCCUCGUUUCUUACACUGUGGGAGCUUUAG